AUAUCACCUACAAAUUUGAUUAAAAUAAUGGCGGAAAACGUUCGCGUUGUGGUUCGUUGUAGGCCAUUGAAUUCCAAAGAGCAUGAUUUGAAGUGUACAAAUAUAGCUAGAGUAGAAAACUGUACGCUGUAUGUAUCAAAUCCAUCUGACUCUAGCGCACCAGCCAAAGCAUUCACAUAUGACAAUGUUUAUGAUGAACUCGCCCCAACUGAAUCUCUUUACAAUGAUGUGUGCUAUUCUUUGAUAGAUAACGUUUUAGAUGGAUACAAUGGCACAAUAUUUGCAUAUGGCCAGACUGGUUGUGGUAAAACCCAUACAAUGCAUGGGCCCGAUAUAACUGAAAUUCCAGAAGUUCCAAAUAGUCAACGUGGUGUUAUAAGUAAAUCGUUCGAUCACAUAUUUGAAGCGAUAUCGGUAGCAAGCGGAGUACAUUAUUUAGCACUUGUGAGUUAUUUGGAAAUAUAUAAUGAAACCAUUCGUGAUCUCCUAAGUUCUCCUGAGGGAUUUAACACAGCUCAUGCUUUAAAAGAAUUACCUGGUAUUGGAGUAACUGUUCCGACACUAAGUACUCAUAUGGUACAUAAUUCAAAAGAAUGCGAAACGUUACUAGCUAAUGGAAAUAGAAACCGAAAACAGGCUAUUACUCUUAUGAAUUCGUCCAGCUCACGAUCCCAUUCAAUAUUUACAAUAAGCCUAGAACAAAUUCAAAAUAAAUAUGAUGACGAUAUUAUUGAUACUGUACUUGAGGAUGUUUCAUCAAGCCGUAUACGUAGAGGUAAACUAAAUUUAGUUGAUUUGGCUGGUUCAGAAAGACAAUAUAAAACUGGAGCAGUUGGAGAACGACUAAAGGAAGCAACAAAAAUAAAUUUAUCACUAUCUGCUCUUGGAAAUGUUAUUUCAGCUUUAGUUGACGGAAAAACAAAACAUGUCCCGUAUAGAGACUCGAAACUUACCAGACUUUUACAAGAUUCUUUAGGCGGUAAUACAAAAACUCUUAUGAUUGCAUGUAUUUCACCAGCAGAUUAUAACUAUAUCGAAACAAUUUCAACACUUCGUUAUGCAGCUCGUGCAAAAAAUAUUUCUAACAAGCCCAAAAUUAAUGAGGACCCUAAAGACGCAAAACUACGAGAAUAUCAAGAUGAAAUAAUUAAAUUAAAAAAACUUUUAAAUGACACUAAUAUAAAACUCUCAUUGCAACACAUUCCUGCUGAAAAUGACUCAACACUAAAACAGGAAAAAGAAAUGGAAAUGAAAUUUGAAUCAUCGCAACUGGAACAAACAAGCCAAGAAAAACAUGUUCAUGACAUUGAGCAUUUGCGCAAUCAUUAUGAAGAAAAAAUAAAAAACCUCACAUCAAAUAAGUUAGGGCAAGAGGACGUAUAUUUAAAUGAGAUUCCCUUAAACGAUAAUGUCGCGUCAACGGACAUAAUUCAGUUAGAAGCUAAACAGCGUAUAGAAGCUAUAAAGCAAAAAUUAAUAGGAGGAGAAUGUGCAGAUGACAUUCAAUUAAAGGAACGAAGACAAAGAAAAAAAAUCGAUGCCCAGAGAAGAUUAAGUGCACUAGCUCAUGCUCUCAGUCGCGUCGAGCAAACCGAAGACCGCGAUUUGUUGCAAGGACACUACACAAACAUUCAACAGGAGAUCACUGAAAAAAAUGAGUAUCUUAGAUUGUACAGGCAGAAAAUUAAAACACUUGAACGAGAAAUAUCUGAUUUGCAAGCUGAAUUUCAGUUAGACCGAGCUGAUUACUUAGAAUCAAUCAGAAGACUAGAUAGAAACUUGAAAUUUUAUCAGCAAUUGAUGGAUAAGGCGAUACCCAUUCUUAGAAAAGAUGGAAAAUACUGGGACGCUGAUGAAAUUAUUCGAAACUCAUUUUGGAAUGACGAUCUAAAAAUAUGGAAACUUCCAGAAUCAUCUAUGUGUAGUUUCAAACUUCCAUAUGCGGCGAAUUCUGCUGCAAAUGUUUCGCGUAAAUCAGUAAUUCUUAGCUCAUCAUCUCAGCAUGAAGAAAUAAUUGAUGAAAAUCGGAAUAAUCAAAGCAAAAGUGUACAGGAUACAGAUGAAACUACAAACACUAGUUAUAUCGAUAAUGAGAAUAUAUUAAGAAAUUACUUUCGAUCACACCGUCAGAGAAAAUCAGCUGUAAUAAGUAACAGAAAAACUGCUGACUGCUGGAAAGAUUUAACUGAAUACAGCAAAGGAACCCUGCAGCGUAGUCAGAUUGAACAAAAUAUGAAAUGGAAUAAAGUACAGGCACUUAUUAAAGAACCUCGGAAAAUUACUUUGUUCCCAGAAGAAAUAUCUGAUAAAAAUUCAGAUUUAAAAAAUUCAAACACAUGGAGUUAUCCUCUCCGAACCGUUGACAAAAGCAAUAAUUAUUUGAAUAAGACAUGGUGUGGAAGCAGUAGCAGUGAUAUUGGAAAACAUAAAUUAUUCGCUUUGAAUAAUCUUCAAGAAUAAGUACAAAAUAUCGAAACUUAAGCACUUGACUGUUGAGAUUAUUUAUUUAUAAAGUUUUAUGUAUGUUAAAUUAUUUUGUUAAUCUA